AUGGACUCCUCCAGUGGAAACCCCCUUGCCGAUCGUGAGAAGGCGUUCGAGAACAAGUACAUUCACGAUAAGGAAAGGCAAAUGGCCAAGGACAGAGCGAACAAAAAGACACAAACCGAGUCAUCGUCCAAGGACACAACGUCCAGUUCGAGCGAGCAGAAGGAGAGUAGCGGAAGUGACUACAAGGACGAGAUUACCAAGCUGAGCGCUACUCCUUCUUGA